UUAAUAGUUGGACCACAAAUCUCAGUCAUAUCUCUCACACGAGAGAACACAACACACUACAACAAAGCUUAAUGCAAUGGCGUCCACUGGUGCGAUCGGAGUUCUGAAGGUGCCAUCUUCAUCGUCUGCUUCUUCUUCUUCGUCUAACAAUGGGUCUAUAAAGAAAGCCAUCUCAAGAAACCUGUGUUUCUCGUCUUCACAGCUUUCUGGUGAUAAGAUCGCAGUUUCAGUGGGAGGCGGCGGCUCGGGCAGCCGCUAUCCGGUGAUUGUCACGCCAAAGGCUGUUUCUGAUUCUAGGAACUCCCAGACAUGUCUUGACCCGGAUGCUAGCCGCAGUGUGCUAGGCAUUAUACUUGGAGGUGGUGCUGGAACCCGUCUUUACCCAUUGACGAAGAAGCGGGCGAAACCAGCCGUUCCUCUUGGAGCGAACUACAGGCUGAUUGAUAUUCCUGUAAGCAACUGCCUAAAUAGCAACAUAUCCAAGAUCUAUGUUCUUACCCAAUUCAAUUCUGCAUCUCUCAAUCGGCAUCUUUCCCGUGCAUAUGCAAGCAACAUGGGUGGCUACAAAAAUGAGGGCUUCGUCGAGGUUCUUGCUGCUCAGCAAAGUCCUGAGAAUCCAAAUUGGUUCCAGGGCACUGCAGAUGCUGUUAGGCAAUAUUUAUGGCUAUUUGAGGAGCACAAUGUGUUGGAGUUCUUGGUUCUUGCUGGUGACCAUUUGUACCGAAUGGAUUAUGAGAAAUUUAUUCAAGCACACCGAGAAACUGAUGCCGAUAUUACUGUGGCUGCAUUGCCAAUGGAUGAAAAGCGUGCCACUGCAUUUGGUCUGAUGAAGAUUGAUGAAGAAGGACGCAUAAUUGAAUUUGCAGAGAAGCCAAAAGGAGAACAAUUGAAAGCUAUGAAGGUUGAUACUACUAUUUUGGGUCUUGAUGAUGAGAGAGCAAAGGAAAUGCCUUUUAUUGCUAGCAUGGGUAUAUAUGUUGUCAGCAAACAUGUGAUGUUAGAUCUGCUCCGAGACAAAUUUCCUGGCGCAAAUGACUUUGGAAGUGAAGUCAUUCCUGGUGCUACUUCUAUUGGAAUGAGAGUGCAAGCUUACUUAUAUGAUGGCUAUUGGGAGGACAUUGGUACGAUCGAGGCUUUCUACAAUGCAAAUCUUGGCAUCACUAAAAAGCCAGUGCCAGAUUUCAGUUUCUAUGACCGUUCAGCCCCAAUUUACACCCAACCUCGAUAUUUGCCUCCAUCCAAGAUGCUUAAUGCUGAUGUCACUGAUAGCGUUAUCGGUGAAGGUUGUGUAAUCAAGAACUGCAAAAUUCACCAUUCUGUGGUUGGGCUGAGAUCUUGCAUAUCAGAGGGGGCAAUUAUAGAAGACUCACUUUUGAUGGGGGCAGAUUACUAUGAGACUGAUGCUGAUAGGAGGUUCCUUGCUGCUAAAGGCAGUGUUCCAAUUGGUAUCGGAAAGGACUCUCAUAUCAAAAGGGCAAUAAUCGACAAAAAUGCUCGUAUUGGGGAAGACGUUAAGAUCCUCAAUACUGACAGUGUUCAAGAAGCUGCAAGGGAAACCGAUGGCUAUUUCAUAAAAAGCGGUAUAGUGACAGUGAUCAAGGAUGCAUUGAUUCCCAGUGGAACUGUCAUUUAAGAAGCUUUGUGUUGUUUCCUUAUCCUGAAGGUGGAGCUCGUUCUCACGGCAGAGGGUUUAACAGAAGUCCUGCUUCCACUUUGAAGAGAUGCUUUCGGGUUAAUGAUGUAUAUUUUCUCUAGGAGCUUGUAAAUAAUAGAGGAAAAUACCUACCCUCUGAGUAGUUUCUCUGUAAUGCUCUUUUUUCAUUUAAAUUAAAUAAAAGCUUUUAGGCGGUUAUGGACUGCAUGGUCCAUGGCAUGUUUAAGAUGGGAAUAAGGCCUCAAAAUGUGGAAAGAUACAGCUGAACAUUUAUUACUUUAUUUCUGAGCUAUGCUAAAUAUAAAUUAGAUUCUUUAUAUA